GGUCCGCGAGAAUCGACCCUCCAGGCGGUUGUUCUGUGUGUUAAUCCCCGGCUCGAGUCCUGGGCCCCCCUCUGGGCCCUCAGGGCAGCCGGCCGACCGCGGGCCCAGAAGGCCAGGGUGGCAGCGCAGGGAACCACCGUCACGACGACGGACCGGCUCCAGGGAGACCCGACGGCCGAGGGCGCGGACGGCUCGCUGUGGAAGGCCGCGCCCAGCCGCGUGAGCGACGGCGUCGGGGCGAAGGAGGGCUCCUCCUGGGCGUCGUACGCCUCCGGGGAGGUCGGCAUCGCGUUCCCGAUCACCGACAAGUGGGACCCCCUCAACCUCGGCAGCACCGACAUGAAGAUGGAGCGCUACACCCAGGUUGAGAUCAAGCACGGCCGUAUCGCCAUGAUCGCGUGCAUUGGGUACGUCAUGCCGGAGAUCUUCCGCUUCCCCGGCUGCGAGGACUUCGGGCACGGCCUCGCUGCGUUGACCACCAUCCCGCUCGAGGGGUGGCUCCAGCUCGUGGCCCUCAUCGGCGCGCACGAGCUGCUCCUGAAGCCCGGCACGCGCGUGGGUGCGGUCAACGGCGCGGACUACGGCUUCGGCACGGAGGUCUUCGAUGGGAACCCAGAGUUUGAGAAGGCGCGGCGCCAGACGGUGGAGCGCAACAACGGCCGCCUGGCGAUGAUCGCCAUCAUGGGCCUCAUGAUCCAGGACUACACCUUCGGGGUGACCCCGCUCCAGUUGAUCAACAAGGGCGGCUUCUACGGCCCUCCGGUGGAUUUCAUCAUCAAGGACAUCGGCAUGUGCAGCGGCUACACCUACUGCGCCACCAAGGAGCGCGCGGCGCGCACCAUCAUGCGCUCCGGCUACUCCGAGUGCUACAAGCCGUUCCAGAACGGCCGCUACCCGCCAGCGCCCGGCCAGGAGUGGGACGACGACUGGGGCUUCCCGGACCCCGACAAGGAGCUCGAGAUGUCCCCGUCCAUGCCUUUCCUGGCCAUGCCCAAGCAUCUCAAGGGCUGGGUCGGUGGCGAGAAGGGAUUUGACCCGCUGGGCGUCACGGACGCUCUGCCGGUGUAUUGGGUGCGCGAGGCUGAGCUGAAGCACGGCCGCGUCUGCAUGCUUGCCACCCUCGGCUGGAUCGCAACCGACCUGGGCGCCCGCUUCCCGGGCGACGUGUACCAGGUGUCCACCAUCGAGGCGCACAACAAGUUGGUCGAUGAGGGCCAGAUGCAGCCCUUCCUCGGGGCAAUCUUCAUCGCGGAGAUCUACAGCCUCUACCUGAUCCUCGAGGGCUGGGGUGGUGAGAUCGAUCGCUCCGCUGGCGACUACUUCCUCGGCAAGGGCUUCCUGCCCAAGGACGUGGAAGGCGAGAAGAGUAUGAAGCUGAAGGAGCUGGAGAACGGCCGUCUGGCGAUGCUGGCCUUCGGAGGCAUCGCUACCGCAGCUGUGCUGACUGGCAAGGCGUGGCCGUUCUUCGACUAGGUCUCGUCGGCGACAGGCGGUGUCGUGCUGACCAGCAAGACGUUCCAGUUCCUUGAUUGGGCUUCAUUGGCGGCAAGAGCAGCUCCCCAGCGGAGGCGCUGUCAAACCCGUCGUAGACAAGCAAGCGGGGCCCACUAGUAAUGGCGCGCGGAGGCACGCGGCGCGACUGGCGCGCCCUCGCGGGCGCGCGCGCGCGCGCGCGCGCCUGGCGCAUUCGGCGCCACCUUCUCGCACGGGUGAGUUUUUUUGAAUCGAGCUGCGAUUUCGUCCCUGCCCCCUGGUCCCCCAACAGGUCUGGGUUUCGUGGCACACUUCGCGGCCGGCAGUGUCGCCCAGCUCCGGGCUCCAGGGGCCUCGCGGACCGACCCGGCUCGAGGGACUGCCGCAGACAGGGGGGAGGUCGAGUGCUCCCCCGCCGUGGCCUCUCAAGACGCAAGACGCUGUGAUCCUGCAUGCCGUCGGACGUCGGAGCCCUUGUGUCAGGAGGGGAAAAAACACACAGACACAAUUAAUCGGCGAUUCCCAGAAAAAAUGGGAAAAUAUGGGAAGUGG